AUGCCACCCCGUUUCGCCAUCCCCCCCUUCUCCUCCCUCCUCCGCCAAUCUCACCAGCAAUGCGCCGCCUCCAGAUUCUCACCAUCUGCAGGCGAAAACGCCAUCCGCGCCCUUUCAACUAUCACCAUGAGGAAUGCGGGGGACAUACUUCUUCGUCGGCCCGGUUUUGCCAUGCUGGCGUAUCGGCCUCGUGCUUCGUCUUCGCGGCGCGUGUCUUCCAAGAGUGAUGCGGGUGGCAAGGGGAAGGGGGAGGGGGAGGGGGAGGAGGGUGAAGGUAGGGGGAGAGGAGAGGAGGUUGUUGAGCGACAACAGUCUGGGAGUGAAUUGAGUAGUGUUAGUGAGGAGGCUGCGGAGACGGCGAAGAUUAUGGAGCGGAGGACGGAGUGUGGAGAGGUUGGGGGCCCGGAGUUGUUGCAGGGGAGUAUGGUUGGAGAAAUUUUGAAGAGGGAUAAGGAAGCGUUGAAGAAUGCUCCCAAGGUUUUGCGGGAUCAACUGGCUGGCUCUUCUUCUUCUUCAUCUUCUUCCUCCUCACCAUCCGGCUCUAGAUCCUUCUCCACGUCUGCACGACUGAGACAAUUCACAAUGCAAGAGAUGCCAUCCGCUGCUGAAAACGAUGCGUCUUCUGCAGUUGUGCGAAGUAUGAUUAAUCCUGCGACUGAGGAAAAGUUCGAGCAGGUGAAGAGGGAAGGGCUUAAAUUCGAUGUCCCCGAGACAUUGCCCAGGUCUGAUCACUUGAAGCAUCGCUACGAUCCAUUGCUAGACCAGUUUACGAAAAUGCUCAUGAGGCACGGGAAGUUGAGCGUUGCGCAGAAACACAUGGACGCAAUCCUCCACCACCUCCGCUCCUCCCCCGCCCCAAUCCCAGACCCAUCACUCCCCCUCCUUCCAGGGCCCCCCGCCUCGCAUUUCCCCCUAAACCCAAUCCUCUACCUGACCCUAGUCAUUGACUCCGUCUCCCCCCUUCUACGCAUCAAGCAGCAACCCGGCGCUGCCGGUGGAGGUCGCUCACUCCCGAUCCCGAUCCCGCUAGCGCUUCGCCAACGCCGUCGAACGGCCAUCAAGUGGAUUCUUGACGCUUCGGAGAAGAGGAGGGAUGCGGCGUUGGCUACGCGAGUGGCGCAGGAGAUUAUUGCGGUUGCUGAGGGGAAGAGUUCGGCGUGGGAGAAGAGGGCGAUUGUGCAUAAGCAGGCGACGGCGGCGAGGGCGAAUAUUAAGGCGUUGGGGAUGAAGAGAAGAAGUUUUAGGUAG